UUCCUUGCAUGCCCGGAUGCCUCGGCGAGCUACCAAGAAGAAGAGAGCCAGUACUGAGAACACUGCUGAGGACGGUGGUGGCAGAGCAAAGAGGACGUGCCAGAGCAGAGUGGGUAAAUCAAGAAGCAAAAAGAACAACACAGAGGAAACAGCAAUGGGAACAGGUAAACCAUCAUUUAUUCCAACUUAUUCUCCCAGCCAGGAAACAUCACUAAAGUGUCCAGAUUGCACAUCUCCAUUGAAGCCUAUACUGGAUACAGCAGGACGUCCCAUGCCGCUGCUGCAGUGCCUCCAGUGUCCAGCGGGCCAGCCACUCUGUGAGCAAUGUCUUUACCCAUGUUCGAACAACCCAGACAAAAGCACCACCACCUGCACCAACAAGUCCUGCCAGCUUGUCUUGGUGCUGCUCACCUGCGAGGAGGUCACAGAUCCCUUGAGCAAAGUAAAGGGCUGCCCGCUGUUCCGUGCCUGCCCCAAGUGUCGCAGUCUGAUGAUGCAUGAGAGAGGGUGCAAGUAUGUUGCUUGUAUGAAGUGCCAGCACAGAUACUGUUUUAUCUGCCUACGGAGCACAGUUGAGUGUAUAAAGGAUGUAAACAAGUACUGGUCACUGAGCUGCUCCAAACCAAGAGCAGCCAGGCAGAGAUUCCAAACAUGAGGAGCUGCACCUCUCAGCACAAGAGGGCCCUCGGUUCUGAGCCCAUGAUACAGGUGCACUCGAAUUUGCUCCUCAACUCGAAAUUCGAUCCUGCUUUUUGAAAUCACUUCUUUGUUCUAACUUCUAGUGUGAUUCGUGCAAUUGGCUAUCGCUUUUGCAGAAAACUUGUA